CGCAUUCGUGCCCGCAACUCCCUCAACGCGGUCCUCGUACUACACCACCAAAACCUACGCGCCUCUACAGUCCUCACCCCUCGCCUCACCCUCCUCCUCUCCUAUCAUGGCCGUCCAGGAACGCAGGCGCUCCCAGUACAAGUCCAAAACGCCCUCCUCCAUCUCCUUCGCAACCCCCUCUUCUGCAUCCGCAUCCGCAUCCGCAUCCGCAUCCGCAUCCGCGUCGAGCUCGCGGAGAAGGGCAUCAGGCUCGGCAAAAGACGUGUUCGGGACCGUCGCGGCGCUGGGCAGCGGCGAGGACCCGCAGACGACGUUUCUCAGAGCGCGGUUCAAGGCGCGGUGUCUUGAGCGCGCGGCGCGAAACAGGGAGCAGUCCGUGAAGAAGCGGCGCGCGAGCGGCUCCGAUGACGUCUUCCUGGACUCGGACGCGGGUGCGGGCGGGGCGAUGGACUGCUCGGACGGGGAGGAGGAAGACGAGGAGACCGUCAUGCAAGACGAGCUGUUCAGACGCAUAAUAUCGAACACAAAACACAAGGAGAGGCACUCCUACCGGCUGUCUUACUCCUAUGACGUUGGCUCGUCGUUCGAUCCCGACAUGGAAGACGUGGGCGAAUGGGAGCAGGAGCUCGAGCGACGAGGAGAGGCAACGGGCUUGACGCUCGAAGACCUGGAGGAAGAAGAACUAGCUGCCUACGCAGAUGAGCAUGCCGCUAUCGAGGACUUCGCAGACCUCGACCUCUCUGCCGAGGAUUUCUCGGCGUGGAGCGACAACGAUGACGUCCCACUUCCCCCUUCUCCCACGCAAUCCACAGCCGCUACGCACGGCGGCUCAGUAUACGAAGACGACGAUAUGGACAUGUCAUGACAUCAACCCGCUUGAGCAUCCACGCCCGCCCUCGCGUUUGGUCCUCCUUAGACAAGGACUAGAUUAUUACUACUUUGCUCUUGUUACGCCAUAUAUCAUCGCCCUGGAUGCCCGUUGUACAUUACCUGUCCCUCUCACCACUACGUUAACUAAAUAAAAAAAGCGUUAAUUUGU